AUUUAUGAGGCUCUUCCUGUCUCUGUACACUCUGGUGCUGAUGCUGCAUCUCUCCUGCACUUCCCAGACUCACCUCAAGGGGCCGCAUUCCGCCCUCAGCAGACUCAUCCUCAUCCUCCGCAGCCACUAGCGUCAUCCAUCACUUACCGCCCCGCCUUCUUCCUUGCACCUGAUUGGCUGCAGUUUGUGCAUUCUGCUCGGCUAUUGGCUAUAGGCCCUGCCUGUCAUGUGACGCUAAACGUGUGUCCCGGCUCCGGCUCCGCUCGGUUUAGGGGCCUCAGUCAGAGCUAGACAGCCUAGGAAGAAGCAUCGGGCCCCGGGAGGGUCAGGAAAUCCUCACACUACAACACAUCCCCGGCCUCAGUCCUCCAAGUGCCCCCGGGAUUUCCAUGGCGGGGCUCCCUUCCGCUGGAUGACUGUCCCAGACCCACGAAUGAGGACCUGAGAUUUAUCAACCCCCUCCCUCCCCCCACCAGACUUUCAGUUUUAUUUAUCCAAUUGGCACAUCCCUCCCGCCGACCACCAUGUCGGGCGCGUCUGUGAAAGUGGCCGUUCGGGUUCGCCCGUUCAACUCCAGGGAACUCGGCAAGGAAUCAAAAUGCAUCAUCCAGAUGCAGGGAAAUUCAACCAGUAUUCUCAAUCCAAAGAACCCCAAGGAACCAGCCAAAAGUUUCAGCUUUGACUACUCCUACUGGUCUCACACCUCGCCCGAUGACCCCUGCUUUGCAUCCCAGAGCCGCGUGUACAAUGACAUCGGAAAGGAGAUGCUGGAACACGCCUUCGAGGGCUACAACGUGUGUAUAUUUGCCUACGGGCAGACAGGUGCUGGCAAGUCCUAUACGAUGAUGGGUAAACAGGAGGAGACACAGGCGGGCAUUAUCCCUCAGCUCUGCGAGGAACUGUUUGAAAAAAUAAAUUGUAAUAACAACGAUGAUGUCUCAUUCUCCGUAGAGGUUAGCUAUAUGGAAAUUUACUGUGAGCGAGUCCGGGACCUGCUAAAUCCUAAGAACAAAGGUAAUCUGCGGGUGAGGGAACAUCCACUGCUAGGGCCUUAUGUAGAAGACUUGUCCAAGCUGGCAGUCACCUCGUACACGGAUAUUGCGGACUUAAUGGAUGCAGGAAAUAAAGCCAGGACUGUGGCCGCCACAAACAUGAAUGAGACCAGCAGUCGCUCCCAUGCAGUCUUUACCAUAGUCUUUACCCAAAGAAGGCUCGACAUAGAGACUAACCUCUCCACAGAAAAGGUCAGUAAAAUAAGCCUGGUAGACCUGGCCGGGAGCGAAAGAGCCGAUUCCACGGGAGCAAAGGGGACCCGUCUGAAAGAAGGUGCUAAUAUCAACAAAUCUCUGACCACUCUGGGGAAAGUCAUCUCCGCCCUUGCAGAGGUGAGCAAAAAGAAGAAAAAGACAGACUUCAUUCCCUAUAGAGAUUCUGUACUGACCUGGCUGCUGCGGGAGAAUUUAGGUGGAAACUCCCGAACCGCUAUGGUUGCAGCUCUGAGUCCAGCAGAUAUAAAUUAUGAUGAAACUCUCAGCACAUUAAGAUACGCAGAUCGAGCUAAACAAAUCAAAUGUAACGCUAUUAUUAAUGAAGAUCCCAAUGCCAAAUUGGUGCGCGAACUUAAAGAUGAAGUGACCCGUCUUAAGGAUCUCCUACGGGCUCAGGGCUUGGGUGACAUUAUCGACACCUCCAUGAGCUCACUGGCAUCUUCCCCAUCAUCCUGUUCUCUCAGUAGUCAGGUGGGGUUGUCUACGGUGACCAGCAUCCAGGAAAGGAUCAUGUCCACCCCCGGAGGAGAGGAAGCCAUUGAGCGGCUCAAGGAAUCUGAGAAAAUUAUCGCAGAACUCAAUGAAACCUGGGAAGAGAAACUUAGAAAAACGGAGGCUAUCCGCAUGGAGAGAGAGGCGUUACUGGCAGAGAUGGGGGUGGCAAUUCGAGAAGAUGGUGGAACAUUGGGGGUCUUCUCGCCUAAAAAGACUCCGCAUCUCGUCAAUCUCAAUGAAGAUCCUCUCAUGUCAGAGUGCCUAUUGUAUUACAUAAAGGACGGCAUAACCAGGGUGGGUCAGGCGGAUGCAGAAAGGCGCCAGGACAUUGUUCUAAGUGGCGCCCACAUUAAGGAGGAACACUGUCUAUUCCGCAGUGAGAGGAUGCCCACGGGAGAAGUGAUUGUGACUCUGGAUCCCUGUGAACAUUCAGAGACCUAUGUGAACGGGAAGAGGGUAGUUCUUCCGGUGCAGCUCCGUUCAGGUAAUCGUAUUAUUAUGGGCAAGAACCACGUUUUCCGGUUUAACCACCCCGAACAAACCCGGGCAGAGCGAGAGAAGACUCCUUCAGCCGAGACUCCCUCGGAGCCGGUGGACUGGACCUUUGCCCAGCGGGAGCUCCUUGAGAAACAGGGCAUUGACAUGAAGCAGGAGAUGGAGAAAAGGCUCCAGGAAAUGGAAAUCUUAUACAAGAAAGAGAAGGAGGAAGCAGAUCUUCUUCUGGAGCAACAGAGACUGGAUGCAGACUCAGAUAGUGGGGACGACUCUGAGAAGCGAUCGUGUGAAGAGAGCUGGCGCUUGAUCACCUCUUUACGGGAGAAGCUUCCUCCCAGCAAAGUGCAAAGUAUCGUCAAGAAAUGCGGUCUCCCCAGCAGCGGCAAGAAACGCGAGACCAACAAGAUGUACCAUAUCCCCCAGAGACGUCGGCUGAGCAAAGAUUCCAAGUGGGUGACCAUCUCUGAUCUGAAAAUCCAAGCUGUUAAGGAGAUCUGCUACGAAGUGGCUCUGAAUGACUUCCAGCACAGCCGACAGGAGAUUGAAGCUCUUGCCAUAGUUAAAAUGAAGGAGCUGUGUGCCAUGUACCGAAAGAAGGAUCCCAAUGAGCGGGAUUCCUGGCGGGCAGUAGCUCGGGAUGUGUGGGAUACAGUAGGUGUGGGUGAUGAAAGGAUUGAGGAUGUGAUACCAGUUGGUAAGGGGCCAACUGAUGUCGAUGAUCUUAAGGUUCACGUUGACAAACUGGAAGACAUAUUACAGGAAGUGAAGAAUCAGAACAACAUGAAGGACGAGGAGAUAAAAGCCCUUAGAAACAAAAUGUUGAAGAUGGAAAAAGUGUUACCUCUAAUGGGCCCACAGGCUGAACGUAAGAAUCGACUGUCGAGUACUGAAGGUGACAAAGGAACGGCAAGUGAAACAAAUAAAAUGUCCCCUGCAGACCCUGAGAAAGAUGAAAGUGUCAACAAUUUAACAGACAGUGAUGGCAUGUUUCGACGAGGACGGUCCAACUGGAUGAGGCAGGAACAAAUCAAGUUUAAGAACCUCCAACAACAGGAAAUAGCCAAGCAGCUGCGAAGGAACAAUGGUCCUCACAAAUUCAUCCCACCGGAGAAUCGCAAACCACGCUUCCCUUUCAAGAGCAAUCCUAGCCACCGGAGUUCCUGGAGUCCGGGCACUCAUAUCAUCAUCACUGAUGAGAAGGUCAUAGAGGUUAAAAUCCCCAAAGAAGCCCAAAUCCAGGAACAGGAAGAGGUGGAUCCAGACAGGCAGAUAUGGAGCCCCUACAGCCAGAUGCGGAACCAACACUUAACCCAGCAUCGGGGGCAACAAAAUAACCCUAACAAUCCGCCUAGUCGCUGGCGAAGCAAUUCUCUCAAUGGGUAUCAAAAAGGACUAAGGCGUCAGGCAUCGGGCUCCUCUGAAUCCCUUCAGUCCUGUGACUCUCAGAUGACUGACUCCCAAAACUUCUACCAUCACACAAGUCCACAAAGGCAACAAAGCUGGGGCCUGUACCAUGGUGACAGCAAUACUGGCAACAACAACUCUUACAACAAACAAGCCGACCGACCCCAUCACUACAACCAGUUUGUCACUCCUCCUCGCAUGAGACGUCAGUACUCUGAUCCCAACCUCAAAUCUGGGCGGGAGACCAUGGUGUGAGCUGCUUUCCAAGAAGGACUGUAACAUGUUGGCUGUGUGCAUAGGACAGGGAAGGUUUGUGCAGAUAUGUGCCAUGUCAUUCCCCCAUAGCUGGUGAUCAACCAUAACAGUGUUGGGUGCAUUGGAGGUUCCUACUUGUAAAUUGUUUUUGUUUCUUUGUGGAGCCCAGGAGAGAGUGAAAUGCGUCUAGAUUAGUUUCUAUAAUCUGUGGGAGUCUCUCCGUCCACGUUCUCAAGACUCGCUACCUCUCCCACCUUCAGUAUUAACUUUUGGCUACCUAACCACCCCAUAGACUUAACCCAACCCCCAUAUCAUGGUUCUACUAAGUGCACUGACUUUUUUUGAUUUGUUUUUCUUUUUACAUUUUUAUGUUUCUUUUUUGUUUUGUUUUUGAAUCAACAUUAAACCAUUAAACCACUAGUUGACAGUUCAAGAAAUAUAUCACUCCUAAUAAACGUAGAACACUAACCCCAACUUCAAAACAACCCUUCCCCUGACUAUCUGGAGUGGUAGGACAGUUCUGGAGACCUGUGCGGCAUUGCACCGGGCAGAGAGCUGCUUUCCUUUGUUUACAGCCUGACCAUUGUAAAGUGAUCGCUUUGCUGAUCCCCGUAACAUAUAACCACCUUAGCUUUUGUCACUCCCUUGGUUUCUCUAUCCUUCAUUUUCUUGUGUUAGACUCUGCCUAUUGCAUUAAAUAUUACACAUUAAGGCUUAUAUGGCGGCCCCUAGCUUGCAGGGUUUACAUGUGCAAAAAAAAAAAAAAUCGUAAAUCUGUUACUUAGAGCAUUUGCCCUAAAGAAAGCAUAAAGUUUAGAAACCGUAUCGCGCUGCGCUCCAUUCCUGGCCUACUUCCUUCUCAACAGGAUUAGAUGCUCUAAGCCUUGUAAAUGCAGUCGCUGGAGAGUUCCACUUUCCAAAACAAAAUACUCCUCAGUUUAUUCUACCAAAUAGAAUAAGGCUCUGUUCACACUGGUGCCAAUAUUUUUGUGGCUCCUCUUGGGCUGCGUAGUGUAGUCUGCUAGAGAAAACUCACAGGCCCAUUAUAAGUCCAUAGGAUCUGUAAGGUUCCCAUAAGAUAAUUUGCAAGAGAUCUGUCACAUUUGGCAUGGAUCCUUUAAAGAUGGUCUACAUGAUGCCAGUGUGAACAUGGCAAAGUGAAUGCCUACCUGCAAGAUGUCUGGCUUUAUCUGAGCUUAAAAAUGGGUUACAGUAUUUUUUUGGCCACAAAUUUACCUUUUGUGCGCAAGAUAUAUAUCCCCAUCUACUGAUAAUGUCUCGUGAUGAAACUUACAGACAUUACGCAAUAGACUUAACUCACCAUGGACCCGCUCUAGCCAUUUUUUGUAAAAGUUCUAAGGGUCUUAACAACAAACGCUUCCUUAGAUGGUCAUAACACAAUACAGAAAUGUGGCCAAAGCGUGCCGAUAUUGGUGGGACUGGUUGACCACCUAAUAUGUAUAGGGGUGUCUUGACACUUCCCCUGAUGGACAAAUUCAACAUGCCCAGGCCUUUUGUUCUCACAGAAGAUAAGUCACUGCCAGAGAGAUCAACCAUUUUUUUUCUUAGCAAACUUUAAAUGGCUUUCAUGAGUAUUUUACUGAGAAUACAGUCAUGUCCGUAAAUGUUGGCACCCCUGAAAUUUUUCUAGAAAAUGAAGUAUUUCUCACAGGAAAGGAUUGCAGUAACACAUGUUUUGCUAUACACAUGUUUAUUCCCUUUGUGUGUAUUGGAAUUAAACCAAAAAAGGGAGGAAGAAAAGCAAGAUGGACAUAAUGUCACCAAACUCCAAAAAUGGUCUGGACAAAAUUAUUGGCAUCUUUUCAAAAUUGUGGAAAAAUAAGAUUGUUUCAAGCAUGUGAUGCUCCUUUAAACUCACCUGGGGCAAGUAACAGGUGUGGGCAAUAUAAAAAUCACACCUGGAAGCAGAUAAAAAGGAGAGAAGUUCACUUAGUCUUUGCAUUGUGUGUCUGUGUGCCACACUAAGCAUGGACAACAGAAAGAGGAGAAGAGAACUGUCUGAGGACUUGGGAACCAAAAUUGUGGAAAAAUAUCAACAAUCUCAAGGUUACAAGUCCAUCUCCAGAGAUCUAGAUUUGCUUUUGUCCACAGUGCGCAACAUUAUCAAGAAGUUUGCAACCCAUGGCACUGUAGCUAAUCUCCUUGGGCGUGGACGGAAGAGAAAGAUUGAUGAAAGAUGUCAACGCAGGAUAGUCCAGAUGGUGGAUAAGCAGCCCCAAACAAGUUCCAAAGAUAUUUAAGCUGUCCUGCAGGCUCAGGGAGCAUCAGUUUAAGCGCGAACCAUCUGUCAACAUUUAAAUGAAAUUAAACGCUAUGGCAGGAGACCCAGGAGGACCCCACCACACAGAGACAUAAAAAAAGCAAGACUACAUUUUGCCAAAAUGAACUUGAGUAAGCCAAAAUCCUUCUGGGAAAAAGUCUUGUGGACAGAUGAUACCAAGAUAGAGCUUUUUGUUAAAGCACAUCAUUCCACCAAAAACGGAAUGAGGCCUACAAAGAAAAGAACACAGUACCUACAGUGAAAUAUGUUGGAGGUUCAAUGAUGUUUUGGGGUUGUUUUGCUGCCUCUGGCACUGGGUGCCUUGAAUGUGUACAAGGCAUCAUGAAAUCUGAGGAUUACCAAUGGAUUUUUGGUCGCACUGUACAGCCCAGUGUCAGAAAGCUGGGUUUGCGUCCGAGAUCUUGGGUCUUCCAGCAGGACAAACAUAUGUCAUAAAGCACCAGAAAUGGAUGUCAACAAAGCGCUGGAGAGUUCUGAAGUGUCAGCAAUGAGUCCAGAUCUAAAUCCCAUUGAUCACCUGUGGAGAGAUCUUAUAAUUGCCGUUGGGAAAAGGCGCCUUCCAAUAAGAGACCGGGAGCAGUUUACAAAGAAAGAGUGGUCCAACAUUCCGACUGAGAGGUGUAAGAAGCUUAUUGAUUGUUAUAGGAAGCUACUGAUUUCAGUAAUUUUUUUCCAAAGGGUGUGCAACCAAAUAUUAAGUUAAGGGUGGGAAUAUACAUGUGUAUAGCAAAACAUGUGUUACUGCAAUCCUUUUCUGUGAGAAAUACUUCAUUUUCUUGAAUAACUUCAGGGGUGCCAACAUUUACGGCCAUGACUGUAGGCUUAUUUCUGGCAACUCCCUGCUUGGCUUAAUUUUUUUUUUUUUGCACCUAGCUUUUUAGUAAGAUUUUUUUUCUUUUUUAUUAGUUCAGCAAGUAGAAGGCUACAGUAUGUUCAGUUCUAGUUUUAUUACUAAGUUUUAGCACUUUGAGGUAUCCGAAUCUGUGACAUUUUUGUUGUGUCUUGGCCUAUCAACCUUGCUUUGAUAGGGAGACAAGUUUGUAUGUGUUCUAUAUGCUACGUGACUAGCAUUGCCUUAUGGCAAAUGACAGUGCAGGUGUUUGCUAUGGAGUUUAUAUUCUGAAGAAUUAACGGGGCUGUUCAGGGCAUACAUACUGUAGUGACAGACCAUGUGGCCACUUUGGGAACCUUGGAGAGAGGGGGGGGUGAUCCCCAUCCUUGUUGGUCCCAUUACUUUUUAUAUUGGUAUAAAAACGUGCAGAACUCCUCUCUCCAGGGAACUGCUUUGUCGGCAAAUUAAUGGAGGAGGGUAUAGACCAAUGGGUCAUGUUCUGUCCUAGGGGGCAAAAUGAGAUGCCAUGAUAGGACUGCCAUAUCAAUAUUUGCUAUGGGGCCUUUUUACUUCUAUGUAUAACACCGUACAGAAAAUAGGCAUAUGCUGCAACCAUAAUGUACUGCUACGGCCAUGUUGCCCAAACAAUAGUGUGCCUUCAGCUGUUGCAAAACUCCAACUCCCAGCAUGCCCGGACAGCCUUCGGCUGUCCGGGCAUGCUGGGAGUUGGAGUUUUGCAAUGCUGCUUAGGAAAUUCUAUGUUGGGCCCUCACAUCCAUGUACAUCCCUCCCUCCAUUGGUAAGCGCAUAGCAUUGAUGCACUAUAAUUCAACCCUUGGUUUUUAUCCGCCAUGUUGCCCAGGCACCAAACGCAUGUUGCAAUGCUUCCUAUGGACGUGCCGGCACAGCCGGUGACAUACUUUAAAUGGAUUUUCUGCCGAGAAUGUGUACGUCGAGAUGUAUAUGUCUCGUCGGAAAGCUUUACACGUGACCGGGAGCUUUCCAUCCACCCAGCACUGAGUAUCUUGAUCUACCACGAUUCUUUGAGUCUGAUAUUAUGCUAUCUAUAGGUGCCUCCAACCCCCUGCACCCCGGAGGGCGGUGGGGGUCUGGUCAAUCAAUUUUACCACUUUUUGGGGUUAAUCACCCAAUCCGGGCUGAGGGUGAAACCUCCUUGUUUCAGUAAAACUGUUAUACUUGGAAAUAGUAAGAAAGGAGACGUUACCUGUGGGGCCCGCAGGGCCCGGACCUUUUUUUUUUUUUUGUAUGGAUUGUAAAGCUGUCCAAUGAGCAGGUUCCUGUACAGAGUUUACAACCUGUCUGUUUUAUGGCUGCUCUAUAAAUAAACUUUGAACUGAU